AUGGAGGCAUCGCGCGGCCCCCCAAGGGUCAAAAACAAGGCUCCUGCCCCUAUUCAGAUCUCAGCGGAGCAGCUGCUCCGCGAGGCUGUUGACCGGCAGGAGUCCGCCCUCCAGGCGCCGACGCAGCGGUUCGCCGAUUUGGAAGAAUUACACGAAUACCAGGGUCGCAAGAGAAAGGAGUUCGAGGACUAUGUGCGGCGGAACCGGAUUAACAUGAACAACUGGAUGCGGUAUGCUGCCUGGGAGUUGGAACAGAAGGAAUUCCGCCGGGCACGAUCGAUCUUUGAACGAGCGCUGGACGUCAGCGCGACCUCCGUGCCGCUAUGGAUUCGAUACAUCGAGUCGGAGAUGCGCAAUCGAAACAUCAACCAUGCGAGGAACUUGCUCGAUCGCGCGGUGACAAUCUUGCCGCGGGUGGAUAAGCUUUGGUAUAAAUAUGUCUAUAUGGAGGAGACCCUUGGCAAUAUUCCUGGAACGCGGCAGGUGUUUGAGCGGUGGAUGUCGUGGGAACCGGAGGAAGGUGCUUGGAGUGCCUAUAUCAAGUUGGAGAAGAGAUACAACGAGUUUGAGCGGGCGCGAGCGAUUUUCCAGCGGUUCACGAUCGUGCACCCGGAGCCAAGGAACUGGAUCAAAUGGGCACGAUUUGAGGAGGAGUAUGGUACCAGCGACCUGGUUAGAGAAGUGUACGGGGUAGCAGUGGAAACGCUUGGCGAGGAUUUUAUGGACGAGAAGCUUUUCAUCGCAUACGCCAAGUUCGAGGCAAAGCUCAAAGAAUACGAGCGUGCCCGGGCAAUUUUUAAGUACGCUCUUGACCGACUGCCUCGCUCCAAAUCUGUCACUCUCCACAAGGCAUACACCACGUUCGAAAAGCAGUACGGCGAUCGGGAGGGCGUGGAAGAUGUUAUUUUCUCCAAACGGCGAGUUCAGUAUGAGGAGCAGUUGAAGGAGAACCCACGCAAUUACGACGUAUGGUUUGACUUUGCACGCUUGGAAGAAUCGUCGGGCGAUCCAGAACGAGUCCGGGAUGUCUACGAACGAGGCAUCGCACAGAUCCCGCCAUCACAAGAGAAGCGACAUUGGAGGCGUUAUAUCUACUUGUGGAUAUUCUAUGCGAUUUGGGAGGAAAUGGAGGCCAAGGAUAUCGACCGUGCUCGCCAGGUUUACGCAGAAUGCCUGAAACUUAUUCCGCACAAGAAGUUCACAUUUGCCAAAGUCUGGUUGAUGAAGGCGCAGUUCGAAGUGCGACAGUUGAAUCUUCAAGCGGCGCGUAAAACCCUGGGGCAGGCGAUCGGCAUGUGCCCCAAGGACAAGCUAUUCCGCGGCUAUAUCGAUCUGGAACGUCAAUUAUUUGAGUUCGUACGGUGCCGGACACUGUACGAGAAACAAAUCGAGUGGAACCCAUCCAAUAGUCAAUCGUGGAUUCAGUACGCGGAGUUGGAACGGGGCCUGGAUGACACCGAACGUGUGCGGGCCAUCUAUGAGCUCGGAAUCGACCAGCCGACCCUGGAUAUGCCGGAGCUUGUCUGGAAAUCCUACAUCGACUUUGAAGACUACGAAGGCGAGUACGAGCGUGAGCGGCAAUUGUACGAGCGUCUUCUGCAGAAGACAGACCACGUCAAGGUCUGGAUCAACUACGCACGAUUCGAAAUCAAUGUGCCAGAUGAGGAAGAGGAAGAAGAGGAGGAGGAGGAGGAAGAGCGACCUAUCAGCGACGAGGCUAAACGGCGUGCUCGGGCCGUCUUUGAGCGUGCACAUAAACUUUUCAAGGAGAAGGAGCUCAAGGAAGAGCGUGUGGAGCUCCUCAACGCGUGGCGGUCGUUCGAACAUACUCAUGGAUCGCCAGAGGAUAUCGACAAUAUCGAGAAACAGAUGCCGCGGCGGGUCAAGAAACGGAGAAAGCUGGACGACGACCGAUACGAGGAAUAUAUGGACUAUGUGUUCCCCGCAGACGACAAGUCGGCAGCGAACCUGUCGAAACUGUUGCAGAUGGCACACAAAUGGAAGCAGGGGUCAACGGAGAACUAA